AUGCACAAAAUUAAAAUUUCCAUUAACAAGGAUAUAUAUUUUUGUUAAAGACCGUUGAAUCGAUUCGAAGACUUGAUGCAAGAAUUCCAGUCUAUAAAUACUACUUAUAUAAAUAAAGAGAAUUUAAAUUUCUAGUAUUAUGUUUUUACUAUAUUAUUAGUUUUAUAGAUGAAGAAGGAGAUAAGGUAGCUAUUUAAAACGAUUACGAUUUGGUGGAUUUUAAAAAAUAGAAUCCGAAAUUUUUAAAAAUUAAAGUAGAAUAUAGAGAUAAAUUAAAUUUGACUGAAAGAGUCUAUAAUAGAGAAAUAACAAAAGAUGCUAUGAAAUAAAAAAUUAUGUAGCUUUUACAAUAAUAUUGA